CAGCGGUUGAAAAAUAAUUUUGUUGAUGUUCUUAAAAUUCUAUUUCAUACAGUUUAUGCCCAUCAUAUUUUAUUCGUGUUAGUUUGAAAGUUUCGGUAUGAGUGCUACAUUGAACUCCAGAGCUGAACAGUAUUUCUACAGUAUAAAUCCCUUGGCACAAAGGAUAGGAGAAGAUAUCACUGCAACCAAGGAAGCCUAUGAGGGUUUAUGGAAUACUUUAAGCAUAGCAGAACGAAAUCAGGCAAUUAAUGAAACCAUCAUUCAACCAGAAGUUGCAUUAAAGUACACUUUAAAGAAGCCAGAGUUUACUACUAAAGAGUUACCAGAAUGGUACCCAAAACUACGCAUUCAAACUGGAAUGAAAUAUGUCAUUGAUGAAACUGGUUCUACGUUGCGAUGGCGAGACGAGCAUUCGGCUCCUUUCUCAUUUAUGACUCAGUCACAGAUGAAUCUUAGUAUAAUAGAUUCCACGGAGGAUGCAAAGUCUAAAUUAAUCAGAGCUCAGUUUGGAGAAACGCCACACUUCUCAAGCCCGGCAAAAGCACAGAGGAACAAUACGAAUUCCCUUAACGAUACGUACACUUCAUCCCAUACGGUGAAUCGUUUUCAAUCCGAUUGUUUCUCGAAUAGUAUCUUCGAGGAUGAACAGUGUAGUAACUUGUUGAAGGGGAGCGUCGACGGGGAUCAUUCUGAGAGUAUAUUCGCUAAACUGAUGAACAAAACGUCUUUGUUGAAAUUACAGAAUAAUUUAGCCGACGAUAUGGAAAGUUUAAUGAGAGAAAGAGAUUCAGACACGGAUAAAAGCCAGUCGAAUACGAUGGUGGUAAUGUCUCGUACAAAAUCGAGCGAUAUCAACGAAUCUACAGCGUUAUUGGAAACACCUAGCUCUUACAGUAGCUUCCAGUCGUCUCAAUUGAAUCAGGAAGAUGAGGAAAGGACCAUACCAAAAACUGGUUUCGAAUUCCUCGAUAAUUGGUAG